AUGUUCAGCAGCAACAAGAUCUUCGCCGUGUGCAUCGCCGUCGUGGUGUUAUCCAGUGGCAUACACGCUGAGAAGGAAGUCGCCGAGACGUUUGGCCGUUACCACAACCAUGGCUUGGGUGUGGUUGUUGGCGGCGGUGUCGGUGGAGGUGUUGGUGUCGGUGUCAACGGCGGUGUCGGUGUUGGUGUCGGUGUCAACGGCGGUGUCGGUGGUGGUGUCGGUGUUGGGGGGGCAGGUGCGUCGACUGGUGGUGCAGCGGCUGCGUCGGCAAGCGCCACAGCAAGUGCCUCUGCGAACGCUGGGGCUGGAAAUGGAGCCACGUACCGCAAGCUUCGCUCGGCGGCGUAA